UUUCCCUUACCAUUUUUAACAGUGUGAAAUGAUUUUUUCUUUCAUUGAAAUUACAUCUGAGGGAUCGAUGUAUAUUUAUUGUGAUCUGAGAUGUUUUUGCUUGUUCCUAGUUAGUCUAAAGUUUUGUUUGUUUUUCUCUUCCCACAGAUCAACAGGUAGACAUGAUGACCAUCAAGGCCUUUAGCUUGGUCUCUGCUGUUGAGCGGGAGCUGCUGAUGGGCGACAGAGAUCGCAUCAAUAUAGAGUGUGUUGAGUGCUGUGGGAAGAACCUCUACGUUGGCACCAAUGACUGCUUUAUUUACCACUUCCUGUUGGAGGAGAAGACUUUGCCCACUGGGACAGCCGCAUUCACUGCCACUAAACAGCUGCACAGACACCUGGGUUUCAAGAAGCCAGUGAAUGAACUGAGAGCAGCGUCAGCCCUCAACAGGCUCCUGGUGCUCUGUGACAACUCCAUAACUCUGGUUAACAUGAUGAACCUGGAGCCCAUUCCCACAGGGGCCCGAAUCAAAGGGGCAGUGACAUUUGCUUUGAAUGAGAACCCUGUGAGCGGGGACCCAUUUUGUGUGGAAGUUUGUAUCAUCUCUGUCAAACGCAGAACCAUCCAGGUGUUCAUGGUCUACGAGGACCGGGUUCAGAUAGUCAAGGAAGUGUCGACUCCAGAGCAGCCCUUUGCCGUGGCUGUGGAUGGCCACUUCUUAUGCCUGGCUCUUACCACUCAGUACAUCAUCCUGAACUAUAACACGGGGGUCUCCCAGGACCUGUUUCCUUACUGCAGCGAAGAGAAGCGCCCGAUUGUGAAGCGGAUAGGCAGACAGGAGUUCCUGUUGGCAGGCCCGGGAGGACUGGGCAUGUUUGCAACAGUAGCUGGAAUAUCCCAGCGUGCCCCUGUGCACUGGUCAGAGAACGUGAUCGGAGCAGCCGUUUGCUUUCCGUAUGUCAUAGCUCUUGAUGAUGAAUUCAUCACAGUUCACAGCAUGUUGGAUCAGCAGCAAAAGCAGACCCUGCCUUUUAAGGAAGGCCACAUUCUACAGGAUUUUGAAGGAAGAGUGAUUGUCACCACCAGUAAAGGCGUUUACAUCUUGGUUCCAUUACCUCUGGAAAAACAAAUCCAGGACCUUCUGGCAAGUCGUAGAGUGGAAGAGGCAUUGGUUUUAGCAAAAGGAGUCCGGAGGAACAUUCCAAAAGAAAAAUUUCAGGUAAUGUACAGAAGGAUUCUGCAGCAGGCGGGGUUUAUACAGUUCGCACAACUUCAGUUCCCGGAAGCUAAAGAGCUCUUCAGAAGCGGCCAGCUUGAUGUCCGGGAGCUGAUCUCUCUCUACCCCUUCCUGUUGCCUACCUCCUCUUCAUUCACACGGUCUCACCCCCCUCUCCAUGAGUAUGCAGACCUGAACCAGCUGACCCAAGGCGACCAGGAGAAGAUGGCCAAGUGUAAACGCUUCCUCAUGAGCUACUUGAAUGAAGUCCGCAGCACAGAGGUGGCAAACGGCUACAAAGAAGACAUCGACACAGCCUUGCUCAAGCUGUACGCCGAGGCUGACCACAACAGUCUGCUGGACCUCCUGGUCACCGAGAACUUCUGUCUUCUAACAGACAGCGCUGUCUGGCUGGAGAAGCACAAAAAGUAUUUUGCACUCGGACUGCUCUAUCAUUAUAAUAACCAAGACGCUGCUGCCCUGCAGUUAUGGGUGAACAUCGUGAAUGGAGAUAUCUGUGACUCGACUCGCUCGGACCUGUAUGAGUAUGUCGUUGAUUUUCUUACCUACUGCUUAGACCACGAACUCGUGUGGAAGUACGCUGACUGGGUGUUGCAGAAAAGUGAGGAGGUUGGAGUUCAAGUUUUCACCAAGAGACCUUUGGACGAACAGCAGAAGAAUAGUUUUAAUCCAGAGGACGUUAUCAGUUGCCUUAAAAAAUACCCGAAAGCCCUUGUCAGAUAUCUGGAACAUCUGGUUAUAGACAGAAGACUGCAGAAGGAAGAGUAUCACACUCACCUAGCUCUCCUGUACCUGGAAGAGGUGCUGCAGCAGAGACCCAGCGCCAACGGCAAGGGUGCAGAAGUGACUGAGAUGCAAGCAAAACUACGAAGUCUACUCCAGAAAUCCGACUUAUACAGAGUCCACUUUCUCAUAGAUAAAAUCCAAGGCACCGGUCUUCACAUGGAGAGUGCCAUCCUCCACGGGAAGCUGGAGGAGCACGAGAAGGCCCUGUGCAUUCUGGUCCAUGAGCUGAAGGACUUCGCGGCUGCGGAGGACUACUGCCUGUGGAGCUCUGAGGGCAGGGGCGACCCCUAUCGGCAGCGGCUCUUCCACACGCUGCUUGCCAUUUACCUCCGCGGGGACCCCUCAGACUGUGAGCUCGUCGUGCCCGCUGUGGACCUCCUGAAUCACCACGCCACAGAAUUUGACGCAGCGGAAGUUUUGCAGCUGCUGCCCGACACCUGGUCAGUCCAGCUCCUCUGCCCAUUCCUGACGGGAGCCAUGAGGCACAGUAUCCACACCAAGAGGAUGACUCAAGUGGCCCUAGGCUUGGCCAAAUCCGAAAACUUAAUCUACAAAUACAGUAAGAUGAAGUUAAAAGGAAGCUCAGUUCAGCUCUCAGACAAAAAGCUUUGCCAGGUGUGCCAAAACCCCUUUUGUAAGCCUGUGUUUGUUAAAUAUCCGAAUGGCGGGCUUGUCCACACCCACUGUGCUGCGAACAGACAUACGAACCAGAACUCACCGAGCCCUGGCAACCGGACUUGAAAAAACCCCCCUGAGGAUGCCCGGGUGGACUCCUAGCUCUUUACCAAGCCUGCUGGUAGGAGAGCGCAGAGAGCAGCCCAGAGGAAGGGGUUACAUCCUGGGUGCUGGGAGACCCCAGCCAAUGUGAAAUGAGGACUCUUAACUGCUGACCACUUUAUAUGAAUGUAAAUGGAAAUACCUUCAAAUACCCAACAUAGAGACGUUCAAUAGUUAACUUGUCCAGGUACAUAGUAAUUAAAAAAAGAAGUCUCUUUUGGAAAAAAAAGAGCCUUUGCUGUGCUGUCAGGCAUAUUGGAUUCUCCGCUCCCCCUGAGCCCCCAUAUCUUGAGACACGCAUUUGCACUGAAAACAUUUUGUGUCUGCGUGGCACGGAGAUGAAGCCUCUCUCGCCGGGGACUGGCCAGGGCGCAGAGCCCUGCGGUGGGGCAGGUUUUGCUGGACCCCCCUUUCCUUCCUGUGUCCACGCCCUCUCCACGUGCACAGCCACCUGGGGAGUCCCUGUCACUCUCCAGGAUUGCAUAGUGGUCUCUUCGUUUGUCCUUAGAGAUGGCUGACUUUAGGGAAACAUUUUUGUUCUUUCUUACUUCACAUCCAUCCCUCAACCCCAAAAAGAUUCUGCCUUUUUGACCCAAGCACUCACUUUUGGGUAAAUUUGUAUGCUUCUGGCUGCAUAGCGAGUGAAGACCUAUCCGAAGCAGAUAAAGCCUCCCAGAGAGAAGCUGCUUUCACCAUUUGGAGAUGACAGCAGUGGCCAAGGCCCAGCUGUGUGUCAUCGCAUCUGCCUAUUUGAAACCCCAUGAUCAACACAAUUUGACUAAAAAAUUUUAUUCGAACUUAAAUCGUAUCUGUAUGUUUUCUCUUAAGAAGUUCAUCUGCCGUAUUCGUUAGAGAUAUUUUUUCUCAUUAAAAUGUACCUCCUGUUCAGUACCUGGGAAACUAAAAGGGAAAUAUUGAUGAGCACAAAUGAAGCUUUGUUGUCCCGAGAGGCCCGUUGUAACCUCACACACUCAGCAGGGCAGGCGGUGGUGAAAGCUACCUUUCCACAGGUGACGGAGAAGCUCUUUCCCGAUGGCGCUUCUGCGCACCCUUACAAGGAGCUAGAGUUAAGCUGCCUGACCUCACAGUGCUCUGCAUGCCUGCCCUGACGUUUACUGAUGACAGACGCCUCUCAUUCGUGACAGACUGAGAGUUCAUUUCGUGUUCCCCUAGACAUUGGUGAUAAACCGAAGCUAUAGUUCUUUCACUGCCUUCUUUUGAAUUUACUGUGAAUAUUGAUUCUAUUAGGAACUAACAAUAAAGAAGCUAUGACCCCGACUGAAUUGCUUAGAAAAGAAGCAUUAGCUUGUAUGUGUGACAAGAGGUGACCCCGGAAAACACCCUCUCUUCAGCUUAAGUCUUAAAUGAAGAGCUUAUUCCUCUUCCUUAAAAAAUAAUGGUAUUUUGUUUUCCUUUUGUAACUCUGAAGUGGGCCAAGAAGCAAAGCAUCAAUGCAUUGUUUGGGGGAAUUGACACCAUUCUUUCCUCUGUCUCCAUUACCUAAAGAAUAAAUAAGUACGAAAUUCUCCUUGUAGUUCAACUGUGUGCUGUGUAAAUUGGUAGGAAUUUGAAGCCUGGUUUUACACCAUGGGUGACUCUGUUACAGAGUGAUCAUGUAAUAGUAUCGCAUCUGUUAUCGUUACAACUUGUGAAUUUGAGUUCAUUACAACUUCUGAAUUUGAUUUGGUAACUCAAAGAAUAAGUUACCUUUUUAUGCAACAUUGCACUUUUAAAAGCACUGUUUCUCUACACACAAAAUGGGUAAAAGCUUGAAAAAGCCUUGUGAUUACUUAUUCCUAACUUGGGGACACCAUUCUCAUUUUUCUCUGAACAUCGAUCAAUGUUUUGAAAUGUUUAUCGUCUUCUAGAAUAAUGAGAACUAAAGGAGGACAGUUUUCCAUCUCCACUGCACUGUUUACCACAGCAGAACAAUGUGCAGAAUUGUAUGUUAAAAAUCACUCUUUCUAUAACUGUUCUCUAAGUUUCACAAAUAUUUUUAAAAGAAAUAUAUGGUUCUUUCUAACAGACCUGCUGUUUUGUGACUGUGCCACUGAAUAAAGCAGUUAGAACCGUCACUCAGCCCCUUUUCUCCUCAUUAGGUUCAGUGUAACCAUUCUAGUUAAACAGCAUGAACUAAACUCAGUUUACAUUAAUGUUCUCUUGGCAAUAGUAUUUAAUUUUAUGAACUGUUUAUCUGCUGAUGCCUAUCAAGUAUUAAUGUAAAAGUGUCAUGUAGGCUGUAGAGCAUUGGGUCUGAACUUUGCUGAAAAGCUCAUGCUGACAGCUUUAUAAAAUAUGCUUGCUGACUUCAAGAUUGGAGGGAGGCACAGGUGGUCACAGUGCUGCACUGUUAAAUUGAUGCCUGUUAUACAAUUAGGAUAGCCUUUGCUUCGUGCUUGCUCUCCUAUGGAAACCUUUGUCCUUGCAACCUUAUUCUUUGCUCUUGAUUGGGUCCCAAGUACACAAAGUAUACAAAUGUAAACCUGUUGAUUUUAUUAAAAUUCUUUGUUCUUUCUGUACUUUUUUUUUUUUUUUUUGGCAGCGAAG